AUGAAUUUCGAUCUACCGGCUGAGCUCCAGUCGCACCUGGAUUCAAUCGAUGUUUUCAUCACUGCAACAAUCUUACCCCUGCAGAAUGCCCCUGAUAACACCCGCUUUUUCGAUCAUCGCCGCGAGCAUACUCGUACCGACUGGGAGCAACAGGGGAACCCGUGCGCGGAGUGGGAACGACUAUUGAGUCGCUCGCGGAUGACGCAGGGCUUUAUCGCUUUGCCCUUCCCAAGGUCUACGGGAGGCCAAGGACACCCAGAAACCAAUGUGUGGAUGUCCGCCAUUCGCUAUCAUUUGUCGUCGCAUCCGGUAUAUGGCGGUGGUCUUGGUCUGGCCAACGACUUGCAGAAUGAGCACAGCAUCGUGGGAAAUUUCCCAGAUAUCAUGACGAUUCACCAUUUUGGCAAUGAGCAGCAGCGACAGACCCUCAUCCCUGCCCGGCUUCGAGGGGAGUUCCGAACGACCUUCGGGUUAACCGAGCCUGACCACGGAAGUGAUGCGACCUUCAUGUCGACCGCGGCCCGUCGCGACCGUGGAGGCUUUGCGAUCACGGGGACCAAGAAGUGGCAGAUAACCAGGCCAUCCAAUUUCCUAUUGUAG